GCGGUCCGCACGGCUGCUUCCGGGGGCGGGCGCGGGCCUAGGACCGCGCCGACGGCCAGGCAGGCGGGCGGCGCAGGUGGGGGUUCUGGGGCAGUGCUGAGGCGGUCGGGCUUGGAGCCGCCGGCUCCUGAGGAGCAGCGGGGCCUUCCGGGCCGGGCCGGGCCAGGCUAGGCUAGGCUAGGCUGGGGCGGGCUGCCGCGUGAGGACCGGCCCUGCCCUCCGGCCUCGGCGUCCAGGACCCAGCCCGCGACUCGGUCGCCUCGCGCGGCCCGCAGGCGUCUCUGACGACUCCCGCUCCGGAAGCCGUCGGCGUCGCGAGUCGCACCGCGCGCACGGAAGCGCUGGGUGGCCUCGGGGGCUCGGCGUGGGCCGGGCCGCCGCGGCUGGGAGGCCGGCUCGCUGGAAGUCUCCGCGGCGCGGCGUGUCUCCGAACCUCAAGCACUGUGAUGGGCGGCGGCCAGGAGGCGAGGUGCCCAUGGCGUCGGAGCGGCGCAGGGUCAGACACCGCUGGAGCAGCCCUUCGGAAGGGCGUCCCCGCAAGCGCAGCUGCCUCCGGGGCGCCGGUGAUGUGGCCCCCUCCAGCCGGCCGCCUCCUGGCUCUGCUGAGCACCCCCGAGCGCCCUGCAGCCCCGCGCGCCUGAAAGCCCGGGACGACGAGGAUGUGGCCUGCGCGCCCAGGCCACCUCGGAGCUCCUCGCGACGCAGAAAUUCCUCUUCCUCCUCCUCCUCAUCCACGUCCUCCUCCGCCUCGUCCGGCUCCUCUGGGGCAGGUGUGGGCGGGGUUGGCCCCCGAGGCUACCUGAAUCUGAGAGUUCGGGGGUGCCCUUCAUCCAAGGGUUCCCCUCUGCGUCCCGCCGGCCCCUCCUUGGAAGAAAUGGCUUCUCUAGAGGAGGACGCCUGUAGCCUUAAGGUUGAUUCCAAAGAUAGUUCUCGUAACGCCAUCAACUCUGAGUUUGCAGCUGAAGCUGAGGGUCAGAAUGAUGUGACGGAGCCAGACAAGGUCCAGAAGAGGAAAAGGGAUAGGCUUCGAGAUCAGGGCUCCACUGUCAUCUACCUGAAGGCCAUCCAGGGCAUCCUGGGAACAUCCAUGCCCAAAAGGAAGGGAGAGGCUACUGUCCCCACAGUGAAGCCAUGUCUGGGACAGCAUCCCAGCCGAGAAGGGCCAGCCCGCAGUGUUGUCACCAGUGCUCCUCGAAAGGAGAGAGCGCCAUCACCACAGGUCAGAGUGGAAGAGGAAAGGCCUGUACCAGACAAGGGCGCCUGCGACAGGAGAGUGGUUAUAGACCCUCAGGAGAAACCCAGUGCGGAGCCACUUGGGGGCCAAAGAACAGGCGUUGACAAGCCCGCUCUACCCCCAGAGUUUGUGGAUGAUUCUGACUCUCACCUAGAAAUCCAAAAGCUUAAAGACAGGGAGGUGGUGCUGGAGCACCCCUCUUCUGGAAGUGACUGGUCUGAUGUGGAUGAGGUCUCCACAGUCAGAUUCUCUCAGGAAGAGCCCGUCUUGCUAAAAUACUCAGCAGUUCCAGAGCCUUCUUCCUUUCCCACUGACUAUGUCAUGUACCCUCCUCAUUUGUAUAGUAGUCCUUGGUGUGACUAUGCCAGCUACUGGAGCAGCAGCCCUAAGACCCCAGGCUACCGCUCUGUGUGCAGCAGCAGCCAUGACACAGCACAAACUGGGAAGAGCAGCCGCAGCCUUUCAUGUGACUAUUCCCCUAGCCCCACAGUGGGUGCCCAGAACACUUCCAGAGACCUGAAGGCUUCAGAUGAAGGCAGAUCAAAGAAUUCUCGCUCAUUUAAUUUCUCCAGAAGUUCCGGAGAAGAGACAAAGGAGAAAAGGACAUUCCGAGAGGAGACACCACCUCGUUCUAGUGGAGGACAGGUGGACAGGAACACAUCUACCUUCCUGCCAAGGAGUCACUGGGAGGCAAGCCUGGAGGGAGGCUUCAUUGAUACUCAUUGCCACUUGGAUAUGCUCUACUCGAAGCUGUCUUUCAAAGGGACCUUCACAAAGUUCAGGAGAAUGUAUAGCAGCUCCUUCCCUAAGGAAUUUCAGGGCUGCAUCUCAGACUUCUGUGAUCCUCGGACACUGACAGAUUGCCUGUGGGAGGAGCUAUUGAAAGAGGAUCAGGUUUGGGGGGCCUUUGGCUGUCACCCUCAUUUUGCACGGUACUAUAGUGAGAGUCAAGAACGAAAUCUUUUGCAAGCCUUAAGGCACCCUAAGGCUGUGGCCUUUGGGGAAAUGGGCCUGGAUUACUCUUACAAGUGCACCACGCCUGUCCCAGAGCAACACAAGGUAUUUGAGAGGCAGCUGCAGUUGGCCGUGUCUCUGAAGAAGCCUCUGGUUAUUCACUGCCGAGAAGCUGAUGAGGAUCUGCUGCGCAUCAUGAAGAAGUGUGUGCCCUUUGACUACAAGAUCCAUAGGCACUGCUUCACCGGCAGCUACCCGGUCAUUGAGCCCCUGCUGAAGUACUUCCCGAACAUGUCUGUGGGCUUCACUGCAGUGCUGACAUAGUCUUCA